AUGACGGUAGUUGGUGGUCAAACAUUGGUCUACUCCCGUUUGUUAUCAGAAGCACCGAGCAACCGAGAGAUCCCCAUCCUGAAAAUGGUUGCUGACGCCCUGGUCUAUCACCCUGCUGUAGCGCAUUAUUUGCGCUUUGUUGCGACAACUGUUGGUCGCGAUAAGAUUCUCCGCACCCUGCAAUAUUUCUCUCGUUUCUAUGCCUGGUACUUGUACCGCACCAACCGCCCGCAGUCUGCCAUCGAUCCCUAUAAUGCUAUCAAGAAGCAGUUCGGAACCACGCGUAAGAUCCUCAGAAUCGGAAAGUUUGUUGAACACUUGAAGGCUGCCGCGCUGGCCUCCGACAACAAGAACCCGAUCGACCCAGUACUUCGCUACCUUGCGGUUGGUCGGCAGCUUGGUUAUGCUGGGUACUUGUCUCUUGAUACCAUCACGGUUGUGGACGCGAUUGGUGUGCGCAAACUUGCUUCCAUGAAACGACUGCAGGACUCGGCCUAUCGCUCGUGGAUGGCAGGACUGGCGUGCAGCGCGGUUGCUAGUUUGUAUACCCUCUUCCGGCUGAGGGAGAAGGCGAAGACCCUUGAUCUUAAGGAGGGUGAGGGUGUUGUGGAGGCGAAAAAGCUUGAGAAGGAACGCUCCACAGCUCGUAUUCAGCUGAUCUCCGACCUGUGCGACUUGACUGUUCCUGUGUCUGCUCUUGGUCUUGCUGCACUUGAUGAUGGUCUCGUUGGUAUUGCAGGAACGGUCAGCAGUUUGAUUGGUGUCUGGUCGCAGUGGCGAAAGACUGCUUAG